AAAGGAUUCACUCCAGAACAGAAUGAAGAAGGGAAAAAGCUACCAAUAGUUAAAAUGUACAAUAGUCUUGAACAGAAAAUCCUUGAGAAAUUUCGCAACUGAAUUGAAAAUUGUUUAAAAUAGUCAUGGUCAAAGGUGACAUAGUAAUGGUACCUGUAGACUCAGAACAACAUGUCCGUUGUCUUAGAGAGUACAGGAAAGUUCUACAAUCAACAAUGGGGCCCUCAGGCUCAUGUAAGGCAAUAGUGACCAGUGGGGGCUACACUGAUAUUGCUUGCACAUGUAAAACCCUAACCUCUCGUCUGGAACUGUCCAGUCCCAUCUGUAAAUACAUUAACAACAUAGCAGCUGGACACAUUGACCACGGGCUUUACUGCGCAGUCCUGCUGUGUCACCUGCUAGAGCAUCAGUUACUGAGUGAGGAUUCCACCAAGAGAAAAACUGAACAGGAGGCGAUGGAGGUUAUAUUUCAACAAAUAAAGAAACUUCUUAUUUCAGAGUAUGUGUGUAAAUCGUUGUGUUUUGAUUCGGUUACAAAUUUAAUACCUGUAGUGCGAACAGUCAUUGUGUCCAAAUGCGGUACUUUUCUCUCAGGAAUGGAAGUUGACGGACUUUGUAUGGAAGUAAUCAGAGUAUUUAUAAACUGUGUUGAUGAAGAAACCAAUGUAGUUAACAAAAUACAUCUAAAAGUUGAAAGUGGAUUGAACGCAUUUAUGAGCUGUAAAGGACUCUUGUAUACAGUCACUGAAAGUCAUCACAUUGAAAUCGCAAGUAAGGUAAUGUCAAAUAUCAAAGUUCUUGUGUUUGUUGUAAAACUGGAAUAUAAUGCAGACUCUUUCACCACUUGUACCAGUUUGCUGGAUGUUUUAGAUUUGUCUGUUCAGUUAGGUGUGAAGGUCAUAGCUUGUCAGCAAGUUAUAUCACCUGAAGUUAAGGUAUUCCUCAGAAGAAAAAAUAUAAUAUUUUUGGAGAGAAUGGGGUCUGAUUUCACAAAACAGUUGAUUCGCUUGACCCAUGCAUUCCCUUUAUCUCAACUCGACAUUGUAGGGUCUGAAUUUGAAAAUUUUUUUGGACACCUGACAUCAGUUGAACUGCUGAGAUUUUUUGAACAAGAUUAUCUAGUUCUUCACAACAAGAAUAUAUGUAUUGCAACUCUUCUUAUCCAAACCUCUUCUUUGCUGGGGCAGGAAAAUAUCAAGAUUUUGAUAUCACAAGCAUUUGCCGCCUUGAGAUCUGUAGCUGCUCAACCCCUUCUAAUCCUUGGUGGUGGAUGUUUGGAAAUUUGGCUUAUUGGACAGAUUCAUCAUAUAAAGGAGGUUUGGAAAGAUGUAGAGAUGAGUCGAGUUGCAACAUGGUUGCAAAGGUCGCUGCAGUCAACCUGUUAUGCAGUAGAGAUGGACACUUUGUACCACCACGGCUGGAGAGAGACAGAGGUGUGUUGUGGCUGCAGACUGUUGAACAGGCAGACAGUGGAGCAGCAGGGAGGAGCCUGGUUGUCUCUGCAAGAGGUGGUGAGCUCAGAGGUGAAUCUGUCAAACCCCAGACAGCCUGAAUGGACACUACGAUCUGACACCAUAGUGGAACCUCAGCAACAGAAACAUCAAGUGAUUUGUGAUGUCUUUGAAGCUUUUGCUAAUUUGAGCAAUAUUGGACUUAUUGUACAAGAACUAUGAAACCAACAAUAAAGUGAUUGAAUACAGUACUUGUAGCUGAGACUCGGAUAGUCGGGUCGGG